AUGAACGGGCAACAAGUUCCAAAUUUUAUGUGCAAUCCACGUUGCAAUGCAAAAAUGCUGCAAGUUUGCAUUUUGGAUUCGAAAAAACUUCCAAUUUGUCACCAAUUCACAAGACAUAUUGUAACAACAACAACAGCAGCAACAACAACAUCAUCAUUUUGGGUGUAUCUGCCGUAUCUUCUUGGUAAGUCUUUCUUUUAAAAUAAUCCCAUAACGAAAAUGUUUACAGCGUUUUGCGCACUCUUCUUCAUCUUGUUAUGUUUUUGCUGGUGCUGUAGCGGCUGCAAUUGUUGCUGUUGUUGCUUAUUCAAAUGGAUUAAGAACAACAUCUGCGCAUGUUAA